UUCACUCAUAAUAUUGAUUUGAAUGCGCAAAUCGUAUAGGAAUACUCUCAUUUAGAAAUGCAGAUAUUACUGUUUGUAACGUGAUUCACUAUUCUAUUAAGAAAGUAUUAUUUCAAAAUUUAUCAUAUUGAAGAAAAAAGUGUACAAUAAGAAGAAAAUUAAAAAACAUGGUUGGACCAAAUAUUUCCUUGUGACUAACCGUUCCGGAAGGUGGAACAACUUCUGUACAAAGCAUAUCUUUUAGAACACCUUCCGAUCACGAGCGUACAAAUUCGGAACUCGCAACGCUUUGCAAAGUAUAUCCUGUGAGCCCUGUAACAGGGCCUGGUGCAGCAAGAUCCGUAUGGGAAUUAAGUCCCGAUCCCGACAUGGUCGGGCAUCUACCCAAUAUUCCAAUUUCUAAUACUAAUCAUCAAAAUCAUGCACCAUCUAAACAAUUACGACAGGGAAAUGGUCCUGACGAUAAUAUUUAUACUGAUGAAACAGCUCCAGGUCAAACACCCUCUGAUGAAACAAAACAAAUUUUCGAACUUCUUAGAUCCGGUGAAAUCGGAGCAGUCGAUGAAUUAGUAGAAAAAAAUGGUUUAAGUGUAUUAAGUGCGAGAGAUGAAUGGGGAUAUACUCCUGCUCAUUGGGCUGCUCUAGAUGGAAAUAUUGAAGUAAUGAGAUAUUUAAUAGAACGAAAUGGACCAGUAGAUCUUUCUUGUCUUGGAACUCAAGGACCAAGACCAAUACAUUGGGCUUGUCGAAAAGGUCAUAGUGCAAUAGUUCAACUAUUAUUAAAGGCAGGUGUUGCUGUUAAUGCAGCAGAUUUUAAAGGUUUAACACCUCUCAUGACUGCUUGUAUGUUUGGAAAAUUUGCAACAGCAGCAUUUUUGUUAGGAUCUGGAGCAUUAGGACAUUUAACAGAUAUAAAUGGAGAUACUGCUCUUCAUUGGGCUGCAUACAAAGGUCAUGCAGAAUUAAUAAGAUUACUUAUGUAUAGUGGAGUAGAUUUACAAAAACCAGAUUAUUUUGGAUCUACUCCACUUCAUUUGGCAUGUCUUUCUAGAAAUGUUAGUUGUGUUAAAAUAUUAUGUGAAAAAAGUAAGAUUGAACUAGAACCUCGUGACAAAAAUGGUAAAACACCAUUACAGUUGGCAAAAAGUCAUAGACAUUCUGAGAUUGUAAGAAUAUUACAGGCUGAACAGAAACGACGAGCUAGAUGGAUUCCACCUAUUAAUGAACUUUGGGCAUUAUUAUUUGGUGGAGCUGGAAAUAGUAAGGGACCUAUAUUAUUAUUUAUGGUAUCUGUUCUUUUAUGGGGAUACCCAAUGUAUUUAUUAAAAUGUAUACCAUUAACAUGGAAUCUUUUACGCGGUAGUCAUUAUUGUUUUAUUUAUUGGAAUAUUGUUAUGUGGAUUUCAUGGAUUGUAGCAAACAGAAGAGAUCCUGGAUAUGUACCACAAAAUAGUGAAACCUACUAUAGAGCAAUUAAACAAAUUCCAUAUUUUGAUAAGUGGAAAAAAAGGAACGUAGUAUUAUCUCGUUUAUGCCAUAGUUGUAGAUGUUUUAGACCUUUAAGGGCUAAGCAUUGCAGGAUUUGUAAUAGAUGUGUUACAUAUUUUGAUCAUCACUGUCCAUUUAUAUAUAAUUGUGUAGGUUUAAGAAACAGAAUGUGGUUCUUUCUUUUCGUUAUGUGUGUAGCAAUAAAUUGUUCAUUUACUAUUUAUUUUGCUUGUUACUGUAUGGCAAUUGAAGGAAUCCAAUUAUUAUAUGUAUUAGGUGUAUUAGAAGCAUUAGUAUUCUGUGGACUUGGAUGGAUUUUGACUUGUACUUCAGUUUUGCAUGCAUGUAUGAAUUUAACUACAAAUGAAAUGUUUAAUUACAAACGAUAUUCAUAUUUAAGAGAUAAAAAAGGAAGAUAUUUAAAUCCUUUUAGUAGAGGUCCUGUUCUUAAUUUUAUCGAAUUUUUUUUAUGUCCUCCAAAUCACCAAGCAAAUGACCCUCAAAAUUAUCAAAUACUUUCAGAAGAUAUCAUGUAAAAAAUAAUAUAAAUUGUAAUUAGUAUUUUUUAAUAACAUUAUAUCUUUAAGAAAACAAAAAUGUUAAUAAUUAAGCACUCAAUAUUAUAUCACAUAUACAUAAUAUAUAAUCUUCAUUUUUAAUAUUAUAACUUUUUAUUUAUAAUAUUAAAUAAAACACGAUUUAAUAAAUAA